AUGUAUUGUACAUUAAACACACAUAAACUCGAUGUGGAUAAGGUCCUCGGGCGAGAGAUUGGACUGAAUGACUUUUUGUUCGCUCACGUCAAAAGUCAACCGAAGGAAAUUCGGAUUCGCAAAGACUGCGAGGCGUUCGGCAUGACUCUGACCGACACCGGCUGCGGAGUUGUGUUCAUCAAACGCAUUCUGCCCGGUGGAAUGAUGGCGUAUGCGUCAGAGGCGUGCGGCGGAAUGAUUGAGAUUGGUGAUCAGAUUGAGAAAAUCAAUAACAUUUCAUUUAUCGGUCGACGGCACUACGAGGUCGCCGCGUACCUACGCAGUAUCCCCAUCGGGGCAACGUUUCUGCUCCGAUUGGUGUCACCAGAACGGUCGCCUAUAUAUAUGCUGAAUUCUCGGGCCACAUUAAAUGCAUCUUCCGUUGGUCUUGGUGGAAAGAAACGAACCAUCCGUCUCCGUACUAAUGGAACAGUGGAAGAACGAGUGAAGGAAGCCCUAAGUACCCCACUCCUACAUACAUCUAGCGAGGUUCUUUUGACCGGUAAACUUCUCCUGCCUGUGACUUUUGAUGGAGUGGAUAAUCAAGGGAAGCCAAGAGGUGCCCAAGCAGCUAAUAUUGUGAGUCUGAGCUUCGUCUGGCCUUUACACAUUGAUAUGAUUGAAUCUGCGGCUGUGAGGAGUCAUGGAGGCACUCAAGCCAUCACGCCACAUCAAGGCACAGUCUCGUCAUGA